GCCUGCCCCCGCCCGCCGCGCCGCCGUCGCCGCCGCGCACGCCGCGCCCCGCAGCGCCCGGCUUCCUCCUCGCUCGGGUGGCGUGGAGCCGGCGUGGCGGCUGGGGUGACUGCCGCCGUUCGGUUCCCCGCCCCCCCCACCCCCCGCUUCUCCGCCUCGCGCCGGCCCGCGCCCCAGGUCCCCCCACCGCGCGGCCGCCCGUCGCUUCGCCCAGGGCUGAAUGGUUGCAACGGGCAGGGUGGCUCCAGGAUGUUAGGGGCUGUGAAGAUGGAAGGGCAUGAAAGCAGCGACUGGAACAGCUACUAUGCGGACACACAGGAGGCCUACUCCUCGGUCCCCGUCAGCAACAUGAACUCGGGCCUGGGCUCCAUGAACUCCAUGAACACCUACAUGACCAUGAACACCAUGACCACCAGCGGCAACAUGACCCCGGCCUCGUUCAACAUGUCUUACGCCAACCCGGGCCUGGGCGCCGGCCUGAGCCCCGGCGCGGUGGCGGGCAUGCCGGGCGGCUCGGCGGGCGCCAUGAACAGCAUGACGGCGGCGGGCGUGACGGCCAUGGGGACGACGCUGAGCCCGGGCGGCAUGGGCGCCAUGGGGGCUCAGCCGGCGGCCUCCAUGAACGGCCUGAGCCCCUACGCGGCCGCCGCCAUGAACCCGUGCAUGAGCCCCAUGGCGUACGCGCCGUCCAACCUGGGCCGCAGCCGGGCCGGGGGCGGCGGCGACGCCAAGACGUUCAAGCGCAGCUACCCGCACGCCAAGCCGCCCUACUCGUACAUCUCGCUCAUCACCAUGGCCAUCCAGCAGGCGCCCAGCAAGAUGCUGACGCUGAGCGAGAUCUACCAGUGGAUCAUGGACCUCUUCCCCUACUACCGGCAGAACCAGCAGCGCUGGCAGAACUCCAUCCGCCACUCGCUCUCCUUCAACGACUGCUUCGUCAAGGUGGCGCGCUCCCCGGACAAGCCGGGCAAGGGCUCCUACUGGACGCUGCACCCGGACUCGGGCAACAUGUUCGAGAACGGCUGCUACCUGCGGCGCCAGAAGCGCUUCAAGUGCGAGAAGCAGCCGGGGGCCGGGGGAGGGAGCGGGGCCGCGGGCGGCGGCGGCGGCGGCGGCGGCGGCGCCAAGGGUGGCCCCGAGAGCCGCAAGGACCCCUCGAGCGCCAACCCCAGUGCCGACUCGCCCCUGCAUCGGAGCGUGCACGGGAAGGCCGGCCAGCUAGAGGGCGCGCCGGCCCCCGGGCCCGCCGCCAGCCCCCAGACUCUGGACCACAGCGGGGCGGCGGCGACAGGGGGCGCCUCGGAGUUGAAGACGCCCGCCUCCACGGCAGCACCCCCGAUCAGUUCCGGCCCGGGGGCGCUGGUGUCGGUGCCCCCCUCGCACCCGGCGCACGGCCUGGCGCCCCACGAGUCCCAGCUGCACCUGAAAGGGGAUCCCCACUAUUCCUUCAACCACCCGUUCUCCAUCAACAACCUCAUGUCCUCCUCGGAGCAGCAGCACAAGCUGGACUUCAAGGCCUACGAGCAGGCGCUCCAGUACUCGCCCUACGGCGCCGCGUUGCCCGCCAGCCUGCCGCUCGGCAGCGCGUCGGUGGCCACCAGGAGCCCCAUCGAGCCCUCAGCCCUGGAGCCGGCCUACUACCAAGGUGUGUAUUCCAGACCCGUUCUAAACACUUCAUAGCUCCCCGCUGCAGGGGGUGUCGGGCAUGGCCGUGGUAGCAGAAGAGAAACAAACAAAAAACAAAAUCGACAGAACCGCACACACCAAGCCAACAAAUAAUUCAAUCCCAAUUCCAGCUAUUUUUAUUUCUUUUUCUUUUCUUUCCUUUUUCCUUCCUUUGCUUUCUUUUUACAUUUUCUUUCUUUCUCUCUUUUUGGUGCACAUCUUUUCCUCCAGUGCAAAGGACUGUUACUUCGUUAUUGUAUUCAAAAUUGCCUUGUGUAUAUUAUUACCAAGAAAAACAACCCCCAACCAAAAUUUCCCCUGCAAAGUUCAAUAUUCCACAGUGUAUAUAAAACCCUACUUCCUUGUCCCUCCCUUUUCCUUCCCUCUUUCCCCUCCAGACACAUUAUAUUCUGAGCAGGGUUUAUUUAAGAAAGAAAGAAAGAAAGAAAGAAAGAAAGAAAGAAAGAAAGAAAGAAAGAAAGAUGGUCAAGCUUGUAAAGUAUUUGUCUGUGCUUUUUUCCCUUUUUCUCACCUGAUCCCUCACAAGUUUACAGGUCUUGCGUAUGGCAAUACUCUUAACCCUACUGAAUCGAAAGGUGAAGAAACAAGUAGACACGAGGGACUGCUAAAAGUGUUGAAGGGCAAUACUGCUGUUUAUGCAGCAAACCAUAAACAGAUUAUAGACAAAAACAUCAGAGCCAUUUAAUUUUCAGCUUAUGUUUCAGAUACUUUCAGAGUAGAGGUUAAACUGAUAUAUAUAUACAUAUAUAUGCAUAUGUAUGUAUAUAUAUCAUGUCCAUCAUCUUUAUACAGAUGCUCAAAUAUGUAGGCAUCCUUCAUGUAUGCAUAAAAGAGAGGUAAUAGGUAAGUAGUAAAAAUGCCACAUUUCUAAGGUUGCCUGGCCAAGACGUUACAAAGACACCCACCCUCCUUUGUCUUCUCCUCAGUAUAGUUCUAGGAAGCAAUUCUUCAAAAAUCACUCUCUUCAUUAACUCUGCUCCUUGCUUUGCAGAGUGCCAUGGUCAUGUCAUUCUAAGGUCACUUAACAUGUAUAAAAUUAACUUCUAUGUACCUAUUCCAUUUAAAGAAUAUUUUUUUCCAGAAAAAGAAUAUUACAAUGUUAGAGGAAAGGUAAAUUGCAGGGAGGUGUAAUUGAAAUUUUGGACCAAGAUUUCAAUAUCCAGUUGAUUGUGGCCAUUUUAAUUAUUGCCAUCCUGUGCUUGUUUCAUUCAGUGUUAAAUGCACUUUUCACAGUUAGAAAUGGUGUUAGUAUAGACAGUUUCAUUAUUAUUCCUCUUUGCUUUCUUGAUGUUAAUUUAUUGCAUGGUUUUUUCCUUUACAGCUGAAAUUGCUUUAAAUGAUGGUUAAAUUACAAAUUAAAAUGUUAAUUUUAUCAAUGUGAUUGUAAUUAAAUAUUUUGAUUUAAAUAACACAAUGAUAAAAAAAUUUAAGCUGUGGAAUAUGUUCUUGAUCACUUGCAGUUAAGGACUUUAAAUAAAUCAAAUGUUAACAAAAA